UUUUUUUUUUGCAACUCGCUAACUUGCCUAUACCUACAGAUGUCACUACCGUAAAAUACCGAUAGGUCUUAUCUCGCACACGUUCGACGAGUCGCAAACUGUCGUGCCAGUGUCGGUGACGAUUUUAAUAGAGUUCAAUAAACGCAGACUCGAUGAAAAAAAAAAUUCUCAGACAUCAUCCGAGGCUAUUUUAUAUGCGGGCACGACAUUGUGAGCAGCGCCAUGGAAGAUUCACCUCUCUGCCUCUCUGUGUGUGAUGCAGACAGUUACUGGAUUACUCGAAAAAAACGCUACCGCGAUGCAAUGCAACGAUAAAGCUGCUGUGAAAUUCGAUGAAUAGCCGAACGCGCGAUAUCGCUUUCAGACGUAAAUAUUAAUAUUUAGCUAAAGUAAAAACCGAAUCGGCCUCACAUCCGGUUAAGCGAAUUACGAUUUUGCAUACAUGUAAGAUAUGCGGAACCAUUUGUAUUGUGAUCAAUCGGCGUACGCGCGAGGCAUACUAAUUUAUACUUCCUUUAGAUGCGCAUCUAUUUGUAUAUUGUGAACAAAUCGGAUUAACAGUGAUUAUGUUUAAAUCGCGAAAGAUCUGACCGGUAUUAGUUAUACCGACGUGUAGACAUAUGACAUAUAUCAAGAGGAUACGCGCCAUACCUAUACCUAUGAUGAGUAUAUUUGAAAAGAAUCCAGUUUACCUAUAUUGGUUCCCUUAAUUUCUCGCAAUUGAACGUACUAUAUGUAUAUACACACGUAAUAAUUAUGCGUGCUGUAUAAUGCUGUACCAAAUUGUUUAUUGUAAAUCUUUAUUUUGUUCUCGCGAAUAUAUUGCACGACACACAAAUAACCAUUCUGAGUGAUCCUAAUAAUAUUCAACUCGAUCGAUAACAUCAGCGAAAAAGUGUCGCAGCUUAUGCCGUCUAGAUAUGGUAUAGUAUACAUAAUAUUUAAGCUACAGUCGAAUUCGGUUAGAAUUCUCGAUGUGCAAGUUUUUCGUAGAAAAUAAUCGGUGGCAAACUAAAUUUACUAUGUAUCAGCAAAAUCAAAAGAUCGCAUUUCAAAACUGAAAUAGUCAGCAAUAUAUAAAUCUCUCAGCGUAAAUGAAAUCUAUUUCUUUCAUUCGAGACUAUACUUAGUAAAAAUCGCCACAACAAGUCACCUUGCCAAACCUGCCAAGCCAUAGAUUCUUCGAGAAUUCCGAAAAUCGUGCUCGGCGGGGCACGCAACGGCUUUUUUUUUCAACCAAUCCCAAACAUUUCCCACAAUAGCCGCAUAAUAGCUAAUCCGUUCCAUAGGUAUAGAUGCAGCCGUAGGAAGAAGAUUGAAGAAACAAAAUAAGCGAACCCCCAACGGCGGAACUCGAAUUCCCCAUAAGCGAGAAACAAAAGGAACAGUGUGCGUGUGCAGCUCUCGGCGCGACUCGCGAGUCAAAAGCCGGCGGGAAGUUGCGCGCGCAGCGGCCAUCGCGCGAUCCGUCACCGACUCCCCGCCCCGCCGCCCGAGUCGGGCUCGCGCAGCUCUCUCUCUCUCACGACUCGAGAGUCGAGGCUCGUCUCUAAUAACCGUCGUGAGUCAGCCACACUUCGCAGAGCUAUACGGCAUACAACUCGCGACUGGAGCGGUGGGGGACUCGCGCGAGUCUGCGCGCUGGGCAGAGCGAAUGGAAAUUCCAUAGAUUUUACGUGCGUCAGCCGUCAGCAGCGCCGUCAGUCGCGCGCACGCUCGCCCCAUCGUCGGCAGGCCCGCCGAGAGCAGAGACUCGCUCGCGCACAUAUACAUAAUACCUACAUAUCGGGCUACCGUCAACAAUCGAGUCGCGUCGCAGUCUUCGCCGGAGCCAUCAAAUGCUGCAUCCCCGCGGCUCCUGAUCAGCCAGUGCGAAGCCCCGCUCUAGAAACUAGUUCGAUCUCGCGUCGGAGUGCGAAGCAGAAAGAAGAAAGAAAGAAGAAGAACGGCGAUACACGAGCAAGACGACGACAAAGCAGCAACGGUGCAUGUGUGUGCGUGCGCAUCGCGAGACCGAGAGAGAAGGAACUAUAGCGGGCGGCGGCCGCGCGACAGAGAACGCUGCAGAAGCAGCAGCAGCAGCAGCAGCGGCGCAAAUAUGAUCGUGCGCUGCCUCCUCGCACCUUCGGCUGCUCGCGCGGGUGACAGCGUAAGCAGCAGGAUGCCGUCCGCCCUGAAGACGCUCCUGCUCGUCGCGCUGGCCCUCCAAGGACUCGCCACCCGAGUGGCGGAGGCCGCGGAGGAAGGCCACUGCGUCUGGUACGGCGAGUGCUACAAGGACACGCUGUACAACCACGUGAAAAACUGCCCGUACGACGGCCCGGCCAAGGAGCUCGACAUGCACGGCCAGGAGAUCUUCGCCAAGAACUGCCCGCACAUGCUCACCUCGAGCGGCGUGCCCAAGACCUGCUGCGACACCAAGCAGCUCACCACCUUCGACCAGAACAUCCGCAUGGCCUCGAGCAUCCUCCAGCGCUGCCCGAGCUGCCUGAGCAACUUCGUCAAGCACAUUUGCGAGUACACCUGCAGCCCCCGGCAGUCCAGCUUCGUCAAAGUCACGCAGCUCGCGACGUCGCCCGACAAUGUCACGUACAUCAACGGAAUCGAGGUGUACUUCACCCCCCGCUACCUCAACGACACGUACAAGUCCUGCAGCAGGGUGUCCAUGCCCAGCUCUGGCCAGCUGGCUCUGGACCUCAUGUGUGGCGAGUACGGCUCCAGCAGGUGCUCCCCGGAAAAGUGGUUCCACAACAUGGGCGACAGCGAGAAUCCCUUCGUACCUUUCCAAAUUGACUACGUCGCCAGCGAGAAGCCCCUGGGCAACUACACGCCGCUGAGUCCCGAGAUCACGCCUUGCAACAAGGCCGUGAACGCCAAGUCUCCGGCGUGCAGCUGCGUCGAUUGUCACGAGAGCUGUCCAGCUCCUCCGCCUCUUCCACCGCUACCCAAACCAUUCUCCCUCAUAGGGUGUGAUGGGUAUGCUGUCAUCAUGACAAUUGUUUUUAUUUGUGGAAGCGCGAUUUUCAUUCUGUCGCUAUUCUGCUUCAAUAAUCGCCAGAAGAUCGUUGCACGAGGGGAGGAGGUAGGAAGACAGGUCGGUAGGCGUCUAGCCGCCGGGCUGCAUCACCAAGGAGACGGUGCUCGUAUCGCUCUCGCCGCCGACCAGGAAGACAGCCCACUCCAGUCUAAACGUUCCAGCGUCAUCUCGGCCGACGACCUGCCGUCCAGUCUGCAGGAGGAGGAGAGCUCGACGUUCCUCGAGCGACUCGGCGCCAACACCGACAAGUUCCUACAGAAGUUCUUCUGCCGCUGGGGCACACUAUGCGCGAGCCACCCGUCCGCGGUCCUCGCCAUCGGCGUCGUCUUCAUCGUCGCCGUGGGCCACGGCAUCAAGUACCUGCACGUCACGACUGAUCCGGUCGAGCUCUGGGCCUCGCCGACCUCCAGGUCGCGAGUCGAGCGAGCCUACUUCGACAGCCACUUCGAGCCGUUCUACAGGACCGAGCAGAUCAUCAUCACAUCAGUCGGACUGCCGCCGAUCGAGCACCCCACGUCGAACGGCUUAUUGACCUUCGGCCCGGUGUUCGACGCCAAGUUUCUGAAGAAGGUCUUGGAGCUGCAGGAGGGCAUCAAGGCCAUCCUCACGCCGAGCAACUACACGCUCGCCGAUAUCUGUUUCGCGCCGCUCUCGGCGCCGUACACCGGACCCACGACUGUCUCCCAGUGCGCUAUUCAGAGUAUCUGGGGAUACUAUCAGGACGACCUCGAGAAGUUCGACGGCACCAGCGAAGACGAGAAUAACUUCACCAUCAAUUAUCUCGACGCCUUCAAAGCCUGCACUCAAAACCCCUACAGCAUCGACUGUCUGGCGAACUAUGGAGGACCCGUCGAGCCUGCGAUCGCCGUCGGCGGUUUUGUCAAGCCUGGACAAAAUCUCCGCGAUCCGCCGUACGAGAAGGCCACGGCGAUUAUACUUACCAUCCUCAUCAACAACUACCACAACAAGUCCAAACUGGUGCCGGCCAUGGAAUGGGAGAGGAGCUACGUCGAAUUCAUGAAGAAUUGGACUAAAACUCAGAAACCUGCCUACAUGGACCUUGCAUUCACAUCCGAGAGAUCGAUCGAGGAUGAACUGAAUCGCGAAUCCCAGUCCGAUGUGCUGACGAUUCUGGUGUCGUAUGUCAUCAUGUUCGCGUACAUCGCCAUUUCGCUUGGACAGAUCAGGAACUGCAGCAGACUUCUCAUCGAUUCAAAAAUCACGCUUGGUCUUGGUGGAGUUCUGAUCGUGCUGGCGUCGGUCAUAUGCUCGGUCGGCAUAUUCGGUUUUGUAGGACUGCCCGCCACUUUGAUCAUCAUCGAAGUCAUUCCAUUCCUUGUGCUGGCGGUCGGUGUGGACAAUAUUUUCAUCCUUGUACAGACUCAUCAGAGAGAAGGAAGGCGUCCAGACGAAUCGAUUCCAGAACACAUUGGACGUACUCUCGGUCAAGUCGGACCUAGCAUGUUGCUUACCAGUGUAUCUGAGAGCUGCUGCUUCUUCCUCGGCGGCUUAUCCGAUAUGCCGGCCGUUAAAGCAUUCGCCUUGUAUGCUGGCAUGGCAUUGCUAGUUGAUUUCCUUCUGCAGAUUACCUGUUUCGUUAGUCUACUUGCCUUGGAUACUGUAAGACAAGCAAAUAAUAGAUUAGACAUCUGCUGCUUCGUGCGAGGAUCCAAGAAAGACAGUGGCGAAGAGAUCGUUGAUGGAAUUUUGUAUAAAAUUUUCAAAGUUGCCUACGUGCCGCUUCUCAUGAAAAAGUGGGUGCGCGCUGGAGUUAUGGUGAUUUUCUUCGGGUGGCUAUGCAGUAGUAUAGCCGUUGUUCCACACAUUGAAAUCGGUCUAGAUCAAGAGCUUUCUAUGCCAGAAGACAGCUUUGUCUUGAAAUAUUUCCAGUUUUUGAAUAGUUACCUAUCGAUCGGGCCGCCAAUGUACUUUGUACUCAAAGGAGGCUUGAAUUACUCUGAUCCAAAGGUUCAAAACUUAGUAUGUAGUGGAACAUGGUGUAAUUCUGAUUCAGUAACAACCCAAAUUUUCGCAGCAUCAGAAUUAGCAAACAGAACUUAUGUAGCAAAGCCAGCUUCUUCGUGGUUGGAUGACUACUUUGACUGGGCAAGUUUAGCCAAGUCUUGCUGUAGGUAUAAUGAAACGGAUGGAUCCUUCUGCCCUCAUACUAGUUCCUGCAGAGUAUGCGAAAUUAAUGAAAACGAAUUACAUCGUCCAACUACAGUUGACUUUGAAAAAUACGUGUCGUUCUUCUUGCAAGACAAUCCCGACGCAAGUUGCGCUAAAGGAGGCCACGCAGCGUACGGCCAGGGUGUCAAUUAUAUAACUAAUCCGAAAACCAAGUUAUCGGAAGUUGGUGCGUCCUACUUCAUGGCAUAUCACACAAUUCUGAAGUCGUCUUACGAUUACUACGAGUCGAUGAGGCAGGCCAGAGCCGUGUCGGCUAACAUAACACAGAUGCUUAACACCAAUCUGCAAAAGUUGGGCUACAAAAACGAAGUUGAAGUUUUUCCCUACAGCGUUUUCUACGUAUUUUACGAACAGUACUUAACGAUGUGGCCUGAUACACUCCAGAGCAUCGGCAUUUCGCUGCUCGCCAUCUUUGUCGUCACGUUCCUUUUAAUGGGCCUGGACAUCUUCUCGUCGAUCGUGGUCAUCAUCACAAUUGCGAUGAUUGUCGUGAAUAUUGGAGGUCUCAUGUACUGGUGGCAUAUCACACUUAAUGCUGUGUCUUUGGUGAACCUCGUAAUGGCUGUGGGAAUAGCUGUCGAGUUCUGCAGUCACCUGGUGCAUUCCUUCUCGGUUUCCGUACAGCCCACGAGAGUCGAGAGGGUUGCCGAUGCUUUGACAAAUAUGGGUAGCUCGGUUUUCAGCGGUAUCACACUCACCAAAUUUGGAGGAAUCAUAGUCCUUGGCUUUGCGAAAAGUCAGAUAUUCAAGGUAUUCUACUUUAGGAUGUAUUUAGGCAUUGUGCUUUUCGGAGCGGCUCAUGGUCUCAUAUUCUUACCCGUCCUUCUAAGUUAUAUCGGCUCGCCUAUGAACAGGGAGAAGCUGGCCAAUCACAAGAGAGCAAUGCGAGGAAACCUGGACAACGUGCAAGAGACCUCCUUGAAUCAUCGUGUAAGCAAACCUAAAUCUCCUCCCACACCCACAACUGCUACACCUACCUUCCGAAUGCUCGAUUCUGAGAGAUAGGUAUGGCACCUAUCCAAAGUUCAGCCAAACGUGAUGUCCUAUCGAAGACGAAGAAGAAUCGAGCAGCAUAGCCGAAGAGGAGAGCAGCACGUCGAGGACGAACGUCCAGACGAACGAGCUGACAACUCAGCUGCACCUCUACUCCACAGUAAUCCUGGCCAACGCCCUUCCACUUCCUACGCCAGUAUAAAUACCAACGACGUAAUAUUCCAUGACACUUCGUAAGGCUAUAAAGAAAUCGCAAGAAACAUUCGUCGAAUGCUUCUUGUGCUUGACUUCAAAGCCGAAGUCGAAGCGAACUGGCGUUCGUUCAUUCGUAAAAAUAUCACCCUAGAAAAAAAAAUUAGAUAAACGAAAAACGUAUUCUUUUCAAUUAUACGAAUCUGGAGCUUUCGUAUCCAGACGCAUUUUCUCCUGGAAAGAAUAUUUUGUAAAAGUAAAUAUAUUUUUAUGGUAUGCUCGUGUUUUCUGAUGAUUCGCAUUUUCGAAAGUUUACGCUGUGUGUAAGGUCGCUGACGUUGCUUUUGGAAGCGUUAACAAAAUGGCCAUAAAAGAGUUUAUUUUUAAGUUUAUUAUGAUAGUAAAAAGGCUGGCUCCGUCGACUUUCGUGGACGAAGAUUGAUCAUACCUCGGUGACUUUUCACAAGAGAUGUGCACGUGUAAACCAAUGCAAUAGCUUUAUGUGGUAAAACUGAUUAUUAUGCUUAGGCAUAUUAAUUUUCGUUUUAAAUAACUCGUUCUAUUUUCGUUUUACUGCUUCAACAUUGGUAUAGAAUAAAAGACUGCGGUUUGAUCUCUUGUACAAUAAAAAUUGUAUAAAGUUGGAAAGCACUCGUUUUAUCAAAUAUUUAGUGUAAGUUAAAUUUGAAAAUGUUUUUUAAUCGUUAGUCGUGAAUGUUUAGCAACUAAAGUGUUGUGAAUGUUUACAUUAAUCAAAUUUGAAAAAAAAAACGAAAUUCUAUGCUGGGAAGUCACAGAGGUUUUUAUCGAUGUAGCCUGAAUCCAAGUAAUAUGUUCAAUAUAGAUUUUUUAUUAUUAUUUAUUAUGCUGGCCUAUAUUUUGUGGUAAUAGAUAUUUAUAAAGCAAGAAUUUUUGCAAUAUCUAACUUGGGGAUGUACAAGAGACUAACAAAAUUGUAGAGCUAUACAAUAUAUCUUAUACGAGCGGUGUAUUGCAAGAAUGGGUGCAAACACUUUUAUAAAUUGCGAAUUUUAUAAUGAUAUUAUGAUUCGCCUUGUCUCGAUGUAAAAUUUAAACUAUGAUGAUGAUCAAACGUUAAUUCGAAAGAGCUAAAUCAGUAUUGAGUACUAAAUGAUUCUCGUAUUCUUGUAAAUUGUAAAGUACGAUUGAAAGAUUUUCAUUGCUUGCAGUGAAAUGACAGCGUGUUUUUCUAAAAAUAAAAAAAAAUUCGCAGCGUGUUAAUAAUAAACGAUUCUUAAACCAGUUUGGUGUAAUUACUUCAAGAAAAACAAUUAUUUAUGUACUUUACUGGUUCUAAAUGUGAACGAUCUGUGAGAAUGAGUUUUUUGCGUCGCGUGCUACUGCAAUUCUAUCAGAAAUUUAUCAGCCACCUGUGCAACAGGUGUAAUAUUUAAUUAGAUCCGGAAGCGGUUUAUAUUCAUUUCGUGUUACUAACAAUGUCCAUUUUUAAAGAAGUGAAACUUAGUUUCAACUAACGAAGAUUGCAUUGAGUCUUUAUACAGGUCUAAGCACGUAGGGAGACCUUUAUCUUUAUCCAGUCUUUCCAUUAUGAUACAAUGCAUAAUUCAUUUUAAGAGGGCCUUUUCACACAUGAUUCAAAUUAUCAAAUAUUUUCGUUAUUUUUUUAUUUAAAAAAUGCGCUGCAAAUAUCAACUUUGAAAAAUUGAUAAAACAUCAUUUCAUGAUAUUAGUAACGAUCAAAGUUACGAAAUAUUCAAAAAAAUGAUUUUUUUUUUGAGAAAAAAAAACAUAAAAAAGAGUAUUUAAAUCUGUGAUAAAUACUAAAUAAAUAUUUGAUAACAGUUACCAUGUUUCAUAUUUUUACUGCCUAAUGAAAUGUUUUAUCAAAUUCUCAAAAUUGAUGUGACAGCAAAUCUUUGUUCCAUUACGCCCAGCUACUAAAAUUUGUGUUAAAAAAAUGGCCCAAUGCGUGCUAGAUCUAAAAUUAUGUUUCCUUCAUCCAUUGCAUAUGAUAUUAAGCGUUACACCGAUACGCGCGAUACUUCGUUGGAUUUUAAUCAAAAGAUUUUAUACAAUGUAAACAUUUUUUAUACGAAUAAAAUAAAACCGAAAGUAGGUAUAUUAUAAAUAACGCCGCUAAAAGGGAAAAUGAUCAUAGAAGUAUUAUUGUCUGUACUUUUCAAAAUUUCGAAUGAACGAUUUUGUGGUAAAUAAUAUAUAAAUAAAGCUACAAGUUGAUGUUUGA